AUGGGCAGGUCCGAUAGUUUAGACGUCAUUCCGGACGUCGGUAGUUUAACGUCUGUUUCGGACGAGGUCGUACAGUUUAACGUCUUGAGGGACGAUCCUAGUUUUACGUCGUUGCGGACGAUGGAUAGUUUUACAUCGUUUCGGAUGUAA